UUCAUGACGGUAGAUUUUGGUGAGGCCGAUUGACCGACGUCGACCUGUAGCCGGCACUGGGCUGGGCAGCCGCACACAACACAACUGGUCUAGAAGACUAGAAGUGACGAGUGAGGCGAGAGGAGGAGGAUACAGAGCUAGCUACUCACUACCGGAGUCAGUGCACAGUGCUUUCCUUCCCUCUCACUACCGGAGUAUCAAACUUGACGAUCUGGUAGUCUUGUCCGAGGGAGCCGCGCCGAGAUCUGACGCGGCUACAGUGGCGUCCGGUCCUGUGACCAGAGGGGAGGCGUGUCUUUUUUACAGGGCAGUGAGGGGAGAAGAGCACCGCCUCCCCCGUGCCUCUCUGCUUCCUAAAUUUGGCCUCCUGCGCUGCCGAGCUCCGUCUCUGCGCUAGAGUUUUGCUCCGGCUUCAGGGCUUGUUGCAAAAAGGAGCCGUUUCCGGGAGGUGCCCCAGACCUGGCCAUGGAGUCCGUCCGGGGGAAGCGGAGAUGGAGGUGGAGUGGCGGAUCCAUGCUAAAGCUGGCGGGGCUGUGCCUCGCCGCGGCCAUCUGCCUGUGCGGCGUUCGGUCCCUGGCUUGCGGCGGCGGCAGUGGCUGCAGGCCGCGUACUGUGCUGCUCCGUUCAGACUUUUGGAGACGAGCUGCAACCUCUUGCGGUGAUCAGGUGUGCUCUGGCGGCGGCGGGCAAUGGCUUCGGCGGCGGCGGCUGCUGGCGGAGGGGCCGGGGUCCUACCCGCCGCGGUGCGCGUCCAAGUGCGGCGACUGCAGCCCGUGCUACCCGGUGCACGUGGCCGUGCCGCCGGGCGUGCCGGUGACCACCGAGUACUACCCGGAGGCGUGGCGGUGCAAGUGCGGCAACCGGCUCUACAUGCCGUGAACGGCCCGUCCGCCGCAGCCGGAGCCAAGGAGAGGGCGGGCGGGCAGACGGCGGCCCGACCGGCCGGUGAGCCCGUCUGGACUCGAGCGCAGCCUGCUGCUCUGCGCUCGUGCGCAGCGCCGGUCGGGCGCCGCAUCAUUGCGCCGGGCCGGUGUGGCUCGCCUGCGCCGCGCAUGGGCGGGAUCUGCAGCGCGCGUGGUGGCGACCUACCACACACACAGGCCGGCCCGGCGGGGUCGGGGAUACUGAGACUGUGCGUGUCCUUUCUCCAUGGGGCGCGCGCGCUGGAAUUCGUCGCACGGCCCUACCACGAGGCGCGCAGGCAUGGCGGGCGUACGGCGCGUCAGUGCGUGCUGGAUCGAGCGGCCGAGCCGAGGAGGGAGGCGACGGGAGUCGGGAGCGGCUCUCUGCUCUGCUGCGGCCUGCGGGCGGGCGGCGGUCCACACCUCUGCACGUGUCCGGAUGCUCUGUUCAAGUGUUGAUGCUCCAUGUCUUCUUCAAUCUCUUCUUGUGCUGCUGUUUUCGGAUCUGAGCUUGUUACAAAAUUGUGUGGUCCGCUUUGUAGCUGUAAUUAAAUGGCUCGUACUACAAUCUCGUGGUACCAAAUUUCAAAAAAAAAAACUAUCUCGUGGUA